AUAAGGUCUCCUGCUUCCUCUCUCCAACUCACUGACACAACCGUUCCCUUCCUUCUCCAGGAGCUCCUCCGGCUCCGACACUGAUACAGCUUUCUAGUUGUUCCUUUUCGGGUUUUGCACAUGGAAAAAAAUCUGAAUAUGGCUUUAGUAUCUUCACAUCCAAAGUUUUUACUGGAUUUCAAUCAAAAUUCGUCUCUGUUAACCUCCGCCAGAGAACUCACCAGACCCAGAAUCUUUUCCUUUGGCACUCCUUUCCCCUUUCGGAAUUCAAGUGUUGCUCCUCGUGCUUCCAGAAUUUCUGUCUCCGCCCACUUCAAUGGUGCUUCACGCAGAAUUCCCCACAACGUGCUGAGAAAGUCUGGAGCUGAUCGUUUUGCCAGUGUUUCUUCUUCUUCGAGUAAUCAGCAAACAUCUUCAGUUGGCGUUAACCCAAAUCUAUCGCCUCCGCCGCCGCCCCCAUCACAAAUAGGGUCACCGCUAUUUUGGAUUGCAGUAGGUGUUGGGGCUUCGGUGUUGUACUCUUGGGUAGCUUCAAGGUUACAGAAAAAUGCAAUGCAGCAAGCUUUCAAGAAUAUGAUGGGCCCGAUGAACACUCAAAAUAACCAGUUCAGUAAUGUUUCCUUUCCUUCGGGAUCACCAUUUCUAUAUCCAAUGCCCCCAGCAACAGGGCCUGCUAAAUCACCACCUCCUGCUCCUCCACAGCCAGCAGUUACUGUUGAUGUACCUGCAACAAAAGUAGAAGCAGCUCCAGAAACUGAUACGCAGAUUGAAGUAAAACAGGAAAAAGAAAUUAGGGAGCCAAAGAAACCAGCUUUUAUAGAUGUUUCUCCUGAAGAAACAAUGGGAAAAAGCCCCUUUGAAAACUUGGAAGAUGUGACUGAAACAAGUUCACCAAAGGAUGUUUCUGAUGGUGGAGCUGCUGCUAAGCAGGACCUAGGUGCUUCUGGGGGUUUUCAGUCAACAUCGAAACUGGGUUCAGUCUUACCAGUAGAAGCUUUGGAGAAAAUGAUGGAAGAUCCAACAGUGCAAAAGAUGGUUUAUCCAUAUUUGCCAGAGGAAAUGAGGAAUCCUGAGACCUUCAAGUGGAUGUUACAAAAUCCUCAGUACCGUCAACAACUCCAAGACAUGAUAAAUAGCAUGGGUGGAAGUGCUGCAUUGGACAAUAGGAUGAUGGAGUCCUUCAAAAACUUUGAUGAGGUUAAACAGGAAUUUAAUCAGAUUGGAAUUACGCCUGAAGAAGUUAUAUCCAAAAUUAUGGCCAAUCCCGACAUUGCCAUGGCAUUCCAAAACCCUAGAGUUCAACAAGCCAUCAUGGAUGUUUCCCAAAAUCCGCUGAAUAUUACAAAAUAUCAAAAUGACAAGGAGGUUAUGGAUGUAUUCAACAAAAUGUCAGAACUCUUUCCUGGAGCAGGUUCACUAUGAUUUUUGUUGUUUUUUAUGACAGCUGGUGCUUUUGUGGCAUAAUGUGCUCAUUCUACUCCAGAUGAUCUAAGUGAUUCACUAUGAGCAUAAAAAUGCAAGACUGAACAAACAUCCCAUCUUGCUGGUGGCAAAAACCAGCUUGGUCUGACUCCUAAAGUUUUGUUGUGUUCUUCACUGUUAGCAUUUCCUGUUGAAUUAAAUAGAAAUGUUCAUCUCCGCUUGUUGUCUAGGCUAUCAUCUGUGAUUUUUGGUUGUUACACUCAGUAGUUGAAAAGAUAAACAAGUGUUGCCUAUUCCAUAUUUGAAUUAUUAGAGUAUAAAAUAAAAAAAAGCUUUGAUGGCUGCUUGAAUAGUUUCUUCUUCUUAUUUAUUUAUUUAUUUAUUUUGUUCUUUCUGUAUCUUACUUGAAAAGCUUAUGCUUGCUGAUAAUGAAACUGAAACUGCACA